AUAGCUGGAAGCAUAGCGCUGUUCGACCUAAGCAUUACGUGCCGACCACGUGUUGCGGUACUUCGUGGUAUGUUUAUCCAGAGACAGUUCGAAAAUAUUUUGUAAACUUUGUUUGAAGAAGUUUUAGUUAAAAAGCGAUUAAAAAAAGAGAAUAAUAAUGGAUACACUAUACACAGCACGGCUUCAUGGGUUUCCGCCAAACAUAUCACAUUCAUCGAUAGAGACAAACAUUAGUGAAGAAAGUGUUCUAUCCCUUCUUAUAGUGUUAGGAAGCAGUGUCUCUUUGGUGGCGUUAGUUUUUGCCUUCAUCACUUACAGUUUAUUUUCCGAUCUGAGAAACUUAUCCGGAACUACGCUACUCAAUCUUAUAUCUACGCUUUUUAUGACACAACUCCUCUACGUCAUAGGAGUAGGAAGCGUGUUGGAUUCACAGCUAUGUAUAGCUUUAGCAUCAGCAUUGCACUACAUAAGGCUUUCUGUUCUAUGCUGGAUGCUGUUAAUGGCUCACAAUCUCUUUUCCCAAUACAAAACAGGACUAUACUUGAAUCCUGUGACGGACACACAUAUCAAAAGGAAUUUUAUAAGAUAUUCAAUUUUUGGAUGGGGAUUCCCUGCUGUUACACUAUCCAUGACAAUUCUCAUUCAAUACCACGACAAAGGUGGCAGACUUCUAGACACAGAAGACUUAAAGGGUCAGAAUUGUUGGUUUCUAAGUGACCAUGCACUUAUCUACGGCCUGGUGAUUCCCAGCUGCCUGCUCAUUUGCGCCACCCUGUACUAUCUCCUGAGAUCGGCCAUCUUCUCCCGAUACGUCGUCAGCAUGCAGCCGGAUAAGCGGAUACGUGACAAAAUGCAACGCAAAGGCACCCUGCAAUUAAUUCUCUUCACCAAGAUUACACUGGUACUAUUCAUCUCCUUGGUCCUGGCUACUCUAUCCAAACUCUUCAAGUCUGAAGGUAUCUGGAUCUCAUUCCACGUAGUCCAAGGCCUGCAAGGUAUCCUGAUAGCCAUGUUGGUCACCUGCAACUGUCAAGUACUGAAACUGUACAUGCGCAGUCUAAAAUCCAAAGCAACGCUUCAUGUACCAAGCUAUGUUGGACAAGGGAAGAGUUCUGGGCUCAGCAAGUCAACGAGUUUGCAAUUGCUGACCUGGGAUCCGCCCCCAGAUCUUGUUUAAGAAUAUUUUUUAAGUUAAAGAAAAACAGGGAUCUGUAAAUUUAUAUAAGAUGUCUCAAAAAAGGUUUUUUAGACUAUAAUGCAAAAUUUUUAGUUUUCUCAUAGUCAUUACUGGCAGAAAAAAUGAGAAAUCUUUAAAAAUACCAUUUCGAUUUGUGGAAAUAUGCUAAUAAAAAAAAUAAUUGAAGUGGCAAUAAAAAAUUACCUUAAUGUUAAAGUAUAAGUUUUCUUUUUUUUUUGAGUCACCUUAUAGAAGUAAUUCAAUAAAAUGUAAUUAUAUAUUGUAGCUUUUAAGAUACUAGUAUAUGAAGCGCUUUUUAAAAAAAAAUUGUGUCUAUUUUGCGAGAAAAAGUA